AUUAACAGGAAAGACAUGAGCGCGCGCACCGAGGACGGCGUGAGCCUGUGCCACCGGGCUCUCCAGAUCAUCACCGAGCUGUGCCUCGCCGGACACGUCGACCGCGAGAAAUGCGCCGACAUCUUUCCAACCGAGAGCAACAUACCAGGUAAAGGAAGUUCAGACAUCUCUGUAAGUCUCCUAGCUGUGCUCGUGGGUUUCUGUGGACUCGCCCUGUUGGUAGUCUCUCUCUUUGUGUUUUGGAAGCUGUGCUGGCCCAUCUGGAGAAGCAAGGCACUCUCCUCACACAGCGAGACUGUUCCGCAAGGGGUGCUACCUGAGGCACCAGUGCCCGCACCUCAUGUCCCGCUGUCUCUUCCGGAGUGCCAGACCAUACCAGCCGAGAAGCAGGAGAAGAAAGAGGAGGAGGAGCAGAGGUGGAAGGUGCCUGAGGUGAAGGUAAAUGGUCGUAGUUCGAUGAAGUCACUUGAGGCAGCCAUGAAGAUCAGCCAGACAUCUCCAGACAUCCCGGCUGAGGUGCAGCAGACAAUACGUGAACGCCUCAGUAAGAAGGCCAAGAUUCAGAAACAGAGCACUGAACCCACCUCCUUCUCCAGACACAAUUCCUUUCGUCGGCAUCUCCGGCGGCAGAUGAAUGUCACCAGUGUAGACUUCACCAUGGACACUCUGCCAGUGAGACAGUCCUCAGCAGUCAGCAUUGGACGCAUAAAACCAGAACUCUACAAGCAGAAGUCUGUGGACUCAGAGGAAGGGAACAAGGAGCCAGUGGAGACAUGUGGCAAGCUUAGCUUUGCACUGAAGUAUGACUAUGAGGAGCAGGCUUUAGUUGUGCGCAUCCUUAAAGCCCUGGACCUGCCAGCCAAGGACUUCACGGGUACCUCCGACCCCUACGUAAAGAUCUACUUGCUCCCUGAGCGUAAAAAGAAGUUCCAGACACGGGUCCAUCGAAAGACACUCAACCCCACAUUUGACGAGGUGUUUUGUUUCCCGGUGGAGUACGAUCAGCUGUGUAAUCGCAAGUUGCACUUCAGCGUCUACGAUUUUGACCGCUUCACAAGUCAUGACAUGAUUGGCGAGGUAGUAGUGGAUAACCUGUUUGAGCUCUCAGACCUGUCACGUGAGGCUGUGGUCUGGAAGGACAUUCUUGCAUCCACUACAGAGAGUGUGGAUUUAGGGGAAAUUAUGUACUCCCUCUGCUACCUUCCUACGGCUGGCCGUAUGACUCUGACUGUCAUCAAGUGCCGGAAUCUCAAAGCCAUGGACAUCACUGGCUCUUCUGACCCGUAUGUUAAAGUGUCGCUGAUCUGUGAUGGUCGAAGACUGAAGAAACGGAAGACCACCACGAAGAAGAGCACACUCAACCCUGUGUACAACGAGGCCAUCAUCUUUGACAUCCCUCCGGAGAAUGUGGAGCAGGUCAGCCUGUCGAUUAUGGUGAUGGAUUAUGAUAGAGUUGGACACAAUGAGGUGAUCGGUGUGUGUCGGACGGGCCCUGAUGCUGAGGGUCUGGGUCGAGACCAUUGGAACGAGAUGCUGGCCUACCCACGCAAACCCAUCACCCACUGGCACAUUCUGUGUGAGUGGCCAGGAAGGGGAUCCAGUUUUGAAAGCCAAGCUUCCUGCCCUUCCCCUAAACCUCCACAGACUCCAUAACCACACUUGUAAAGUUCCAUCUUUUUGCCAGAGGGUAAAAUGCAGUGCCGGUAUCCCAUGCACACACACAGCUAUUACC